GGAAUUUGCGAGAAGAAGGACCAUGGCCUACACCGCGGACGAGACCGCGCUCCUCGCGCAGAAGCCGCGCAUGGGUGCUCUCUCGGUGGCCGAGAAGAUCGAGCAGGCGAACCUCCUCAAGACGCAGGGCAACACGCUCUUCAAGGGGGGCGAAUACAAGAAGGCGAUCCACAAGUACUCGGCCGUCUUCUUGUACGUCAACGGUCUCAGCGUCGCCGGCGAUGGCAUGUCUACGUACUCGCAAGGCAAUGCGGCUAUGUCGGCGACCGCGGCUGAGGGCGACGAGAUCAAGCAGCUCAAGAUCGUCGCAUACACGAACACGGCCAUGUCGCACUUGAAGCUUGAAGCCUUCGACAAGGCGCUCGACGUGUGUGAGAAGGUGCUGGCAAUCGAACCCGAGCAUGUCAAGGCGCUCUUCCGUCAAGGCCAAGCCUACGCGGGCAAGGGCAAGUACUCGAUGGCCAAGGAGAUCCUCAAGAAGGCGCUGGCGCUCGAGCCCAAGAACGCGGCCGUGCGCAACGAGCUCAAGCGCGUGAUUGACGAAAGCAAGCUCCACCCGGAAGAAGACGAUCUCAAGAACAAGUUCUCAAACAUGUUCAACAAGUCGGGGGGUAUUUACAAGUAGUCGGUCUGGUCAUUCAAUUUUCACACGAAUGCGAUGCGUCCGAUGCC